CCAGUGGAAACACAUCUAAGGAACUGAAUGCAUUGUAACGCCGGUAAACGCUAUGGCGGCAGCUGAUUUUCAGAAACAAACAUGCGACGUCAUACACUGCCUCUUACAAUAUAAUGAACUACAUUUUGAUAUGGUGGAGUCUGAUGGCCCUGAAGAUGAAAACUCAUUUGACCCUAUAAAAAUAGCCUCAAAGCUCAGGGAACUGGGUGACGAUUAUGAUGAGCGAGUGAUCCAGCCAUUGAUGAAGAAUGUACAGAAAGCUGCAGCCGAUCAGGUGAUGACUGCCUUCAGUGAUAGUGUGGAAAGCUUGUGUAAGAUGUGGGUUGUGGAAAGGGCAGAAGUGGCCUCAGAGAAGCAGCUUCUCAAGGCCGCCAUCACACUGGGACUCUUUAUGACGAAAAACUGCCCUGACAAGACGAAUGUUGUCGAGGUCGCUAUGAUGGGAUUCAUCAACAACCGUCUAACAAACUGGAUUGCAGAGCAAGGGGGCUGGGUCUCUUUCUCUAAGAACAGCAUGUGAUGAGAUUGGAGCUCAUUGUCUCGUUCUCUGAGAGACCCUCAAUCAUUCCCCUGAAGUUUUGAUUUGUAAUGCAGGGUGAACUAUAAAUGUCAAUCAUUUGCCAAGGUGCUCUUUUCAGACAAUCACAAUCAUUUUUAAUGUUUACCUUUUUAUUCUAAUACAGUUAUUUGUUUUGGAGUAUUGCAACUGAUGCGGGAACUGUCUUAUGAUGUAGUGAAAUUUCUUUACAUCACUGAUGUGGAGUAAAACUAUAAUGUUAUUUUAAAUAUUUUAAAAUGAAGCACUUUGAACAAAUGUGUUGGUCUAAUAGGGACAUGCAUGUUGUAGUAAACAUUAGUGAAAUAUUAGACUUUUCUCUCAUUAGAGAUCAAUAAACAUGAAGUGGACAUGUUGAGACAUAU